GGGUAUUUGGGGCUACUUUCGUCACAGCACCGGGACAACCAAAACAGGGUCAGGAUGCGGCCCCUGCCAGCCCGAUUUCACAGCAUGGGGGGCGGCUGUGGGACCCCCACCCCCGACGUGUCACCGUCAGAGGAAUGGGGCUGAGGUGUCGGUUGUCGCUGUGCUUUGUUCCUGAUGCUGAGCGGGUCCCGGAGCAGCGCUGUCCCCAUCCCCAUACGUCCCCAUGGGGGCGCUCCGGGGGUCACCAAGCACCCAUGGGUGCCACCACCCCUAACCACCCGCUCCUUCUGUCCCUAUGCUGUCCCCAGAGAUCGAUGAGGACCGACUCCCCAACGCCCUGCUGAAGUCGGGUCUGGCCGUGUCCCCCCGGCAGAGGAAGAAGGUGUACUGCACCACCCCCACCGUGAAAGAGCUGCAGAUGAUGGUGGAGCACCACCUGUGCAAGCAGGCGCGGGGCGAGGAGGACGAGGAGGUGGCUGCUGGAGGCCAGGAGCACAGCCCAGGCUGCUGCCACCGCGGUGACACCGAGCACAGCCACAGCCCUGGGGGCAGCUGCCCGCUGGCCCAGGCUCAGCCAACACAGCAGGGCGGCCCAGGCCCCGGUGACAGGACCCACGGGGAUGAGCGGCGAAGUCCGGGCGAUGAGGGCACUCAUAUAGCACCGGGGGGAAAGGGAGCUGCUGGCGGCCUGUAGGUGCUGCUGCCCCCGUUGGAGCCGAAGCGCCGCCUGCUUUUUUUCUAUCAAUCGUUUUCUAAGAUUCCGACGGCGUUCGUGAUGGAUUUUUUUUAUCUCCCCCCCCCCCCCUCCUCACCCCCCCUUUUCCCACCCCCCCUUUUCUAUGGGGACAAAACCCCCUCUGUGUCCCCACUGCCACCACCAGGGUGACCCCAGGAGCCCCCCGGUCCCCUCGUGCUCCAUUCUGGGGGCACAGCUCCUCGUUGAGGGGAGGGAGGACGAUGGCACACCGGUGCUGCACUGCGCACACAGCCGCCGCGGGCACGAAUGGACACACGUGAACACGCCUGAACACACACACACACACACGUGAACACGCGAGUGCACGCAGAGCUGAGCCACACCGCUAUUAAACGGAUCCUUUCCGCA